AAAUAACACUGUUGAUGGGGUUUCCCAGAAACCAGAGUCAUUCGGGUAACGUGAACUGUCAGUAAGAUUACAUUACAUGAACUCUGAUUUAUACUACGGAUGUCCCUGCCUCAGCAAGCUUCUGCACCAGGAAUAACAGCAUACAUUACUUGCCUACUCAAUCUCAUGGUCGUCGUCUGGAGAUCUCCAGAUUGUUAACAUCGUGAUAAAGACUACCUCCUACUGUGAGGACCUGUAUCCUCGAGGCUUUGGUAUGGGUCACAGAACCAGUAAACUACGGCCUAAAGAGCUUGAGGAUUUACAAAUCAACACGCACUUCUCUGAGAAGGAGCUGCACGACUGGUACAAGAACUUUCGUCGUGACUAUCCUAACGGCUUCCUCACACUAGACAACUUCAUUAGCAUAUACUCUAAGUGUUUCCCUGAAGGAGAUGCUGAGAGUUUUGCUGUCCAUGCCUUCAGGACAUUUGAUACGAAUGGUGAUGGUGUUAUCAACUUUCGAGAGUUCAUGUGUGCAUUGAGUGUAAAAAGUCAAGGACGCAGUGACCAGAAGUUGAGGUGGGCAUUCCGGAUGUAUGACGUGGACAGUAAUGGCUACAUCUCCCGACAUGAGAUGAUGGAAAUCAUACAGGCUAUCUUUAAGAUGGUGGGAAAUGGUGAUGAGUCAGCAGCAGAAGAGCGGACAGACAAGAUCUUCAGUAUGAUGGACAAAAAUGCUGAUGGACAGCUGUCACAGGAAGAAUUCAUAGAGGGAGCUAGGAGUGACCCCACUAUAGUACAGAUGAUAGCAUGAUCGAGUAACCAUGGUUAUACGUAUACACUACCAGUACAAAUCUGAUUGGGUAUCCAUGGGUCAUGUGAUCCAUUAUUUACCCUUGUGUGUACAUGUUACAGUGCUAUUUGGUAAAGUAUAUUAAUAUUAUAUUUUGAAUAAACUGUAUGAGUAAUUUAUCAACAUGAACUAUGCAAAUAUAUCAUAAGUAAACUGUGAUUCAAUACAUGAGGUCAGGUUGUGAAAUCAUUGACUGUGAAUCUUUAACAGAUUGAAGCAGUCUACCCAGAAUACAAAAUGGUCGUCAGUCUUUGACUUACUCCAGUAUUCAAAAUGGUUGUCAGUCUUUGACUUACUCCAGUAUACAAAAUGGUCGUCAGUCUUUGACUUACUCCAGUAUACAAAAUGGUCGUCAGUCUUUGACUUACUCCAGUAUUCAAAAUGGUUGUCAGUCUUUGACUUACUCCAGUAUACAAAAUGGUCGUCAGUCUUUGACUUACUCCAGUAUACAAAAUGGUUGUCAGUCUUUGACUCGCUCCAGUAUACAAAAUGGUUGUCAGUCUUUGACUUACUCCAGUAUACAAAAUGGUCGUCAGUCUUUGACUUACUCCAGUAUACAAAAUGGUUGUCAGUCUUUGACUUACUCCAGUAUACAAAAUGGUUGUCAGUCUUUGACUUACUCCAGUAUACAAAAUGGUUGUCAGUCUUUGACUCCCUACAGUAUACAAAAUGGUCGUCAGUCUUUGACUCACUCCAGUAUACAAAAUGGUUGUCAGUCUUUGACUUACUCCAGUAUACAAAAUGGUUGUCAGUCUUUGACUCCCUACAGUAUACAAAAUGGUUGUCAGUCUUUGACUUACUCCAGUAUACAAAAUGGUCGUCAGUCUUUGACUCACUCCAGUAUACAAAAUGGUUGUCAGUCUUUGACUCGCUCCAGUAUACAAAAUGGUUGUCAGUCUUUGACUUACUCCAGUAUACAAAAUGGUCGUCAGUCUUUGACUUACUCCAGUAUACAAAAUGGUCGUCAGUCUUUGACUCGCUCCAGUAUACAAAAUGGUCGUCAGUCUUUGACUCGCUCCAGUAUACAAAAUGGUCGUCAGUCUUUGACUCGCUCCAGUAUACAAAAUGGUCGUCAGUCUUUGACUCGCUCCAGUAUACAAAAUGGUCGUCAGUCUUUGACUCACUCCAGUAUACAAAAUGGUCGUCAGUCUUUGACUUACUCCAGUAUACAAAAUGGUCGUCAGUCUUUGACUCGCUCCAGUAUACAAAAUGGUCGUCAGUCUUUGACUCGCUCCAGUAUACAAAAUGGUUGUCAGUCUUUGACUCGCUCCAGUAUACAAAAUGGUCGUCAGUCUUUUAUACAAAAUGUUAUAUUCAUUCUAAUUUACAUUGUUGAAAAGUUUACUGACAUUAGCAGCUAGACUAGUAAACAUGAUGAUUUUCAUUUAAUAUUGUUGUGUAGCUCAAAAUCAAUGUCCAUGUUAAUCUGUGAUCAAGAUAUUUACAUAUUUGUUUAAUAUAUUUGUAUGUACAUGCAUAAGUAUACCAGGUAUUUUUUGUAUUUUAGGACUUUUGUCAUUAUAUAGCAGGUAUUUUUGUAGGACAUUUGUCAUCAAGUUUACACAUUUAACUCUGUUGUGUACAGAUCAUGUCUAUACUGUUAGUUUUUAACAUUUUUACCCAAACUUAUUGGGGCCAGUUUCUAUAUUACAGAGUCAUUGAGUCUUGUACAAAUUUACAUCUGUUCUACCCCUUGGGUGGUAUUAAUGUAGUUUGAAGGAAAAUUAAGUCACUAUGACCUACAUUUUGAAUGUCUCAUAACAUUAACCCUAGGUUAGAUGGUGUGAUUAUAUCUGUUCCUCAAACACUAUAUAUAUAGCGGUUACACAAUGAGUGGUUAUUUUUUCACUCGAGUUUGUCAUUUUUCAAAUGUAAC